AUGUCAACUGCCCUGGCAGACUCUGGGGGGUACAUCGGCCAGUCUGGCCACAGUUAUAGGAUCGAACGGGUACUUCAGGAAGAGACAUCUCCCCCACGGCGGGUUUGCCUUGCUACUGCUGGCGACCGAAAGUUCAUCUUGAAGUAUAUUCACACGGUUAAUUUCGGGGACCUUCAAGAGAUAAAUAAUAGGCUACGCGGUGGUGCUGAUCAUGUCCGUCUCGUCCAAGACACCAUCCCCGAGAAGUCAAUGUUUGUUUUCGAGUACUACGCGGAUCAUCUCCUAAAUAUCACUCAGAAGGACUUGCCCCUCAAAGUGAAAAAAGAGAUCCUCAAGCGUGCUCUUCGUGGAAUCGCAGAACUCCAUGAUCAAGAUAUUGUCCAUACAGAUAUCAAGCCGGACAAUGUUUUUAUCGACUGGAAAGGUGACCGGGAUGGAAUCGUUAUUGAUCGAGUCCAACUUGGUGACCUUGAAGAUGCCGCGCAUAUCCCUCCUGGAUCACAUAUGAUUGGAAAACAGGUGGGGAACUGGAUGUGGAGGAGUCCUGAAGCCCACGCCAAAGGACCUGUGAAUAAGCCAUCUGAUAUUUUCUCUUUUGCUCUUGUUUGUAUUUAUGCGAUGCAUAAACGUGUCAUCUUUGCCGUUGGGGAAGAGGAGUUGGACGAAGGUGUGGAUCCCUUGGCUAUUGUAAUUGAGCGCCAAAUCUCGUACUUUGCAGAUGAAGACGCACUGAAUGGGUUUUUGAAAUACCUUGGCGAUAAUCCCUGGAUUCGUGUUUUUGAAGUAAUUCGGGAUGGUUUCAACAAAAACAACCCGCGCAGACCAUUUUUCCUUUGGAAGGGUGUUGAUGAUGAUUUUAAGAGUUUUAUCCGCGCAACGACGAAUUUUGAUCCGGAAAAGAGGAUCACUGCUCACGAGGCGUUGGCACACAAGUGGUUUGAGGGUGUUUAA